CAACAACACCCCCUUCCUUCCUUCCUUCCUUCGCUCUCUGUCUGGAUAGGGCUGCGUUCACCCAUUCAUUGCUUCAUAGCCAGGCCAACCAACCCCACCGACAACCUCCCCACACACACACAAACCCACAUCCCGCAACCGCCACCAUCACCAUCAUGACCGCUGCCGGUAGCGUGCUGCUGCGGUCUGUCCGCCACGCAUGCGGAACCUGGGCUGCGCGCCCAACCCUCGCGCGCAUGGCCCGGUCGCGGGCAUCCCUGCACCGCGCCGCAACCGCCGCCCGCGCCGAGGAGGCGACCGACGACCUCCUCAACAGCCCCCGCGAGUUUAUGGACUACGACGUGGUCAUCGUUGGCGCAGGCCCCGCGGGCCUUGCCGCCGGCAUCCAGCUGCGCAAGCGCGCCGCAGAGUCUGGCCAGGAGCUGUCCGUGUGUGUGGUGGAGAAGGGCGCCGAGGUUGGCGCGCACAUCCUCUCCGGCAACGUGUUUGAGCCGCGUGCGCUGGACGCGCUGAUUCCCGACUGGAAGGAGCGCGACGCGCCCAUUGGCACCCCUGUCACGGAGGACCAGUUUCUCGUGCUGCCCAACGAGACGUCGUCCUUUGCCAUCCCCAACGCGCUGCUGCCAAAGCAGCUGCACAACGAGGGCAACUACGUCAUCAGCCUGUCCAAGGUCGUGCGCUGGCUCGGCGAGUACGCGGAGGAGCUUGGCGUGGAGAUUUUCCCGGGCUUCUCUGCCAGCGAGGUGCUGUACGGCAACGACGGCGCCGUCAAGGGCAUCGCCACGCGCGACAUGGGCAUCAACAAGGACGGCACGCCAAAGGCAACCUUUGCGCGCGGCAUGGAGCUUCGCGCGCGGCAGACGCUCUUUGCAGAGGGCUGCCGCGGCAGCUGCAGCGAGGAGGUGAUGAAGCAGUUCAACCUGCGCGAGGGCGUGCAGCCGCAGACAUACGGCCUCGGCGUCAAGGAGGUGUGGGAGAUCCCCGAGGAGAACUUCAGGCCCGGGUUUGUGCAGCACACGCUCGGCUGGCCGCUGCAGCAGGGCCUCUUUGACAAGACGUUUGGCGGUUCCUUCCUGUACCACAUGGAGCCCAACUUGGUCCUUGUUGGCUUUGUUGUCGGCCUCGACUACGAGAACCCGUACCUCUCCCCAUACGAGGAGUUCCAGCGCUGGAAGACGCACCCAGCUGUCCGCAAGCACCUCGAGGGCGGCGAGUGCAUUGCGUACGGCGCGCGCUGCCUCAACGAGGGCGGAUACCACGCCAUCCCCAAGCUCACCUUCCCCGGCGGCGCCCUGCUCGGCUGCAGCGCAGGCUUCCUCAACUCGGUCAAGAUCAAGGGCUCGCACACGGCCAUGGAGUCUGGGCGGCUGGCGGGCAACGCCGUGUUUGACGCGCUCACGUCGACCGGCACCGCGCCCGUGGCGGAGACGGGCGAGAUCAGCGCAGAGGAGGCAAGCGUCGAGGUGCGGGAGUACCAGGCUAGCAUGGAGAAGUCGUGGGUGUUUGACGAGCUGAAGGAGGUGCGCAACUGCCACCAGGCGUUCCACUACGGCGUCGGCCCCGGCCUGGUCCACUCUGGCCUGUCCACGUUCAUCACGCGCGGCAAGGAGCCAUGGACGCUCCCCAACGACAAGACAGACGCCGAGCGCACGCGCCCUGCGGCCGAGUUUAAGCCCAUCGAGUACCCCAAGCCCGAUGGCAAGCUGACGUUUGACCUGCUCUCCAACCUUGCCCGCAGCAACACCUACCACGAGGACCAGCCCUCCCACCUGCGCGUGAAGCCCGAGCUGAGCGAUGUGCCGGCCGACGUGUCGUACCCCGUGUACGCGGCGCCCGAGUCGCGCUUCUGCCCCGCGCGCGUGUACGAGUACUCGGAUGGUAGCGACUCUGCAGACGGCAAGCCACAGCUCAUCAUCAACGCACAGAACUGCGUGCACUGCAAGUGCUGCUCCAUCAAGACGCCGCGCGAGUACAUCAACUGGACGGUGCCUGAGGGCAGCGGCGGCCCCAACUACGAGGUCAUGUAAACGCAACGGUGAUUCAACAGGAAGACGCGGGCGGGAGAGAGGUGUGACCAUGCAUGCACGGUGACGGCUGUUGAUCAUGGCUGUUUGGCGUGUUGGUUGUGCUUCCGCUUUGGGUGUGUGUAUCUGCUUUGCCUGCCGCCUCCUUCCGUCCCGUAACCUUCCAUGUCGUGUUAUGUGAACGCGAAUGGCAGCCAGUGCGUUUGUGGUGUCGUUUGUUUGGUUGACUUGUUGUGUUGUGUUGUGUUGUGUUUUGUUGUGUCGUGUCGUGUUGAUGCUGUGUUGUGUUGUGAUACUGCUGCUGACAGUCUCCGUGCUGAGUUGGGCAAUGGCCUGCGCAUGCGUGAUUUUGUGGUGAGAGAUAUGCAUCUCUCCCGUUGCUCCCUCGCUCGCUUGCCUGCUUUCUUGUUUCCAUCAAGACAGUACACGGACUUACACACAACUCCCGCC